AUGGAUAUUAUUAAUUCAAUGAAUAAUAUGCUACCACUAACAGAUAACCAGUGUAGUGUAGGUAGACUUUGUCUGGCUAAGUUUGUACAGGAUAACAGAUGGUGUCGAGGAAUGAUAAUCUCUAGAUGUGAUAAUGGACAGUUUAAUGUGUACUCAGUAGACUAUGGAGAUAAAGAAACAGUACCUAGAAAUCAUAUAAUGCAAAUCACUGAUGAACUUUUGAAGCUGCCAUUUCAAGCCAUUGCAUGUAAAUUAUGGUGCAUCACUCCAUCAGAAGGUGAUGGUUGGACAGUGGAAGCUGGUGAUGCAUUGUGGGACUUAACAACCAAUAAAGGCAAUAAAAAGUUGAUGGUUGCUAAGGUAUAUUCUAAAGAGACGUCUAGAGUAUGUGGUACUACUGUGCGCUGUUAUAACUUGGAGUUAUACGAUACAAGUACAAAAUAUGACAUUGUAAUUAGUCAAGAGCUUGCAUUUAUGGGGCAUGCUGUGGGCUCCAAACCUUCUGCCAAGAUGAUAUUUCCUGGUAUGAAUGAUAUGAAUUUACUUCUAAAUCUGAGUGUUGACUCCUUACCAACGGCAUUGCCGAAUUUAUGUGCAAUUAUCUAUACUUCUAAGGACAUCCAGCAGAAAGUAUCCGCUGCUAACUUCAUUCGCCAAACCAUUUUGCAGAGUGAUAUGGAAUGCAUAUUACAACAUGGAAACUUAGGAGUACUCACUCAGGUACUGGGAUACUGCGGAAUGCCAGAAGUACAGGAGUCAUUAUUAACAUGUCUGGAGCAUCUCAGCAUGCAUAGUGAAAGUGUACGCUUUGAAAUAUCCAAUGAAGGUGGAAUAAAGGCAUUAUGCAGAAUGCUGUUGCGGAGAUGUGAAGAACCAACUAUAGAGCUAGUGUUGAAAACUUUGAGAAAUUUUGCAGUGGAAAAAAGAUACUGCCAGGAAGUGUUAGCAGAGGGUGGUGUACAUGCAGUUUUAGUGUUAUUACCUCGCAUGAAAACUUCUACUUGUAUUGUAUCAGGAUUGCUGAUGUUAUCCACAGUAUUGCCAAAACUGGACAGUUUUGAAGACUGUAUCAACAUUGAUGAAGUCAUACAGACUUCAAUACAACUGAUAUGCAGUAGACCCAAACUGUUAUUAAAAUCGGGAAUGCAGUUACUGAAACUAAUUUUUCCUAUGGCAAAGACUGUUAGAAAUGAACAAGACAUCUAUCGAAUAAUACAAAGUGCCAUAGAUGCUAUGGUUUUAGAUCCAAAGACAAGGCGUGUGUGCAGUUCUUUGAUGACCGAGUUUGGAGGAGAUGUUACUAAAAUGAAACGACCACUUCAUCCUGGAGAUAUAAACAGUCCUGUUACCCUGAGAAAACCAUUAUUAGAGCGCCCAAGCUUUGUGCAAGCUAAGGAAGACAUGAUUGACUUGCCACCACUAGAGGGCACCAUUGAAGAAAAUCUGUCUUGUGUUCACCCCAAGGUACUUUGGUCCCAAAGAAAAGAUCAAAUAAUGUUGAGUAUUCAGUUAACUGGAGUCAAAGAUAUGAAAUUGCUCGUAAAAGAUAAUGUCUUUAAAUUUAGUACAAUACUAGAUGGACGAAACUAUUGCGUUGAUGUAGAUUUGUACUGCACUAUUGAAAAUUACAAAUACAAGAUUACUGGAUGUGAAGUGUUAGUGGAAUUAAUCAAACACCAGAAAGAUACCAAGUGGCCACGAUUACUCCAAACUAAACAAAAGGUACCUUAUAUAUCUAUUGACUUUGAUAGAUGGCAGGAUGAUGAUUCUGAUACAGAAAAGGUGUUUCAAAGAGAAUUAUUGGAGAAAUCACGACGCAGACUGAAUGCUUCCCUGUUAGAUGAAAGCGAUUCCGAUGACAGCACAGACAGCGAUGAUAGUUGUUCAUACAGUGGGCACCGGGAAGAAAAAGUGUUAUUUGAUGAUCUUCGCAUGGGGGAUGUUUAUCUGGAGUGGUGA